AUGGCUUCCCCCAUAUACAACCGCCGCCGGUGGCAGCCAGAGUCCGCCUGGCCGGGCAUCCCGCAUGAGCUGCUGGAGAAGAUCAUCCGCCUCCUCAACCCGCUCGGCCACGCAGCUGUCCUCCUCGUCUGCUCCUCCUGGCGCUCCUGCGCGCGGAAAGCUCCGUUCGGCCGCCCCGGCCCUGGCAGCGGAGGAUCCCGAGCCUUCUUCAGCAUCCAGUGCCGCGACAUCCUCCGCUUCGCCCUCCGGGCCGGCCGGUGCUGCGGCCAGAUCGGCGGCUGGCUCGCCACGGCCUUGGAUGGGGAGGUUGGAAGCGCGCUCUGCAACAUCUUCUCCGGCGAGUUCGUCGCUCUGCCACAGCCUCCCGUGUCUCCGGUGGCGAAGAUGGUGCUCUCUGGGCGCCCACCUCACCCGGCUGGAUGGCCGCCGUGGUGA